ACUGGCUUAAUUGACAAAGCAAUCAAUUAGUUGCAUUCAACAAACAAUGAAAGCGGGACAAAUUGGUUAAUUACGAUUCGAAAAACUAGUGUUUAUUUAGGUAAACAAUAUGACUAGAUUCAAUUUAGUGAUAACAGCGUUAGUUUUAGUUUCAUGUGCAGUAUUGGUAGUAGCACAAUCGAAUGCAGAGAGUCGUUGCUUCCAAUUCACGUGGCUGGGUCCGCAGUACAAUAACAACAGUGUGUUCCUCAACGCCACCUGUCAGGACGCGACCCUGCUGGCGAGAGGCGUGCCGUGCCAGCAGCCCUUGGUGGCAUCUUACGACGGUACAUGGCCCGACGUGGAGUACAUUUGGAUGCACCACUCACUGGAAGCCUCGUGCAUUUUGGGUCCUAACGAUGUCUGCGCGCAAUAUACAUACUACUUCAAUGACAUAGCGGAAAACUCCACAUACAUGUGCACCAGAGGGAUUGAUCAGCUCGGAAACGCCAUCAACAGCGGCUGUUUCCAGUCGACGAACGGGAGCUCGUCCACUAGGGUCUGCUUCUGUCGCUCCAUACCGGGAGGAGUCCCCUGCAAUAAUUCCAACGUGUCCACAGUGGUGUCGGUAUUCACAAUCGUUUUAGCCUUGGCGUUAGUGGCUGAUAGGAGAGUGCUUAGCAAGUGAUUUAGGAUGAUAGGGUGUUACAAUAAAUUACAAUGGUGACAA